AUGUUAUUUUCGCCCCAAUCCUAUCAGAUCCUGACGGUCUCAGUCGUUUUCAUCUCUGUUUGCCUUACUGGAUACUACCUCCUGCGACCACAAAUCGGCCAGCAAGAUUAUCACCAUAUAUAUCGAGUCGCGGUAUCCGGUAAGAAAGCUCUGUUUGUUGAGAGUGCGCUGAAGACCCAGAUUGAUGGCGCGUUCGAUAUUGGCGGCUUGAUUGAGCUCUGCAGGGGCAAGACAUGGACACCUGGCUUGAUAUUCAAGUGUGAAGCACCGCGCGGAGGUGUUGCCGUUGUGCGCAAUAUUUUCCUGGACUGCCUGCGAUAUGCUAUUGAGGCUGGAGCAACCGGGUUCAUUGUUCCAGAGAUCGUCGCCCGCGGCACAACGCCCAAAACACUCCAUAGCGAUAUAAAUGUUCCAUUCGAACACUUUUUCGAUCUCGGAUACUUCAGGCACGCGCUCAAUAGCUCUUGUCCCCAGAUAAACCUCAUUUCACAUGCCAACGAUCUUUGGGACAAGCCAUCAACUGCCAAUCCCGUCAUGCUGUCCCCAGAAGACCUUGGAAAUUUCCUCGCCGAGCCAGGAGACUGGGCCAAUAAUUUCCACGAGCACCUGGAGAAAUCACAUCGCCAACCUAUCUCGGCCAACCUACCCGCCCUCGUUUCCCUCCAAAAGCCAAUCCUCCAAAUUCCUUUGUCAUAUGAUCAUCCAGUCGUUGUCGCCAACUUUGGGAAGUUUUUGCGCUUCAGGGGGGAUGUACGGCGUCUCGCGGCAACCGUCCUGUACGCGAUGGAUAAAAAAUUCGGGUUAGGGAUUGAUGCGGAUGAGCAGGGUAUACACUUGGGUCGAUAUUAUGGAGCGCACUUACGCACUGCUGCGGAUGCGCGGGCUGCAGGGUGGACACCAUACUCCGAGCAGAGCAACAAUUAUUUGCAACAUGCCAGUCAUUUAAGCCUGCCUCUCAUCUACCUUACAAGUGAUAAUGCAGAGGAUAUGAGGGAGUUUACAAAUACGGCUAGGAAUAUGAGUAUGGCGGUAACGACAAAGGAGGCCUUACUAAGUGGAAAAGGCUUUGAGAAAGAACUGGAGGAGAUGAAGAGUAUGUCGUGGGAUCAGAGAGAAUUGAUUGAUUACGAGGUUUUGCUGAGAAGUAGUGCUUUUGGAGGGACGCAUGAAAGCAGUUUUAGCUGGAAUAUCGCUAUGCGUAGACAUGUUGUCGUUGGCCAUGGAAGUUGGACCCCCAUUGGCGGUGAAGGGUCCAGUGUUGGGAGGCGUGAAUCGAUGACAGAGGGGAGGAGGUCAUUAGUAAGGGACGGAGAGGUAGGGACAGAUGUUCCUGAGGCGGACGAGCAACCAGAAAGUGCUAGUUUCAAUACCCAUCAAAGUUUUAAGGAUAAGUGCGGAUCCCUCCCAUCUACCAUCCCCUCUUCAGUCAAUUCCAAGCUCCCCAAUCCGUUUACCUUCCUCAACGGCACAAAAGUCUCCACAAAAGAGUCCUGGGAGUGCCGACGGGAAGAAAUCAAGUCCCUAAUUCAACGCUACGAACUUGGCACCAAACCGCCCAAGCCAGAAACCCUGACAGCAACUUACGCCGAUGGUAAGAUAAACAUAGUCUGCGGUGAGGCUGGGAAGUCCGUCACCUUUUCCGCUACUAUCACUCUGCCGUCCACAGGCAAAGCACCCUACCCAGCAAUCAUUGCACUGACCGGCGCCUUCGUCCCGAUCCCAUCAGGCGUGGCAGUAAUAACCUACAACAAUGAAGACAUCGCCAGUUCCAGCCUCGAUCGGCGAGGGAAAUUUUUCUCCCUGUACGGCUCGUCCCAUUCCGCAGGUGCGCUGAUGGCCUGGGCAUGGGCCGCGAGUCGGAUCAUCGAUGCGUUAACGCUUUUUCCAACAAGCACAAUUGGUAUCGACGCAAGCAAAAUCGGCGUAACGGGCUGCACACGCCAUGGGAAGGGCGCUCUCAUAGCGGGGGCGUUCGAUGAUCGAAUUGUGUUAACCAUUCCUCAAGAAGCUGGGGGUCACGGCGGUCCAGGGUGCUGGCGUACCACAACCACGGGAAAUACCAUAGAACCCCCAAUCACUGUAGAAGAUGGGUUGCUCACGCCUGGUUUUAGCGAUCGUGAGAAUUCCAUUUACAAGCUCCCGUACGACCAUCAUAUGCUUGAAGGUCUCAUAGCGGGGCCCGGGCGAGGCUUGUUGGUUAUUGAGAAUUCUCGGGUUGCUUAUUUGGAACCGGAGAGCACGUAUGCUUGUUCUGUUGCUGGGAGGCGUAUUUUUGAGGCGUUGGGAAUGAACAAAAGCUUUGGAUUCUCUCAGGCUAUUCAUCCGGAUGGCGUCUUGUGUCAGAUGCCGGAUAGUCAGAACCCGGAAGUUGCGGCUUUCAUUAGGAAAUAUUUAUUAGGGGAAGAGACUGGGAGUACGGGUGUUUGGAAGUCGGAUGGGCUGUUUAGUUUUGACCGGUGGAAGUCGGUGGUGGAUUGGAGUGUCCCAGUGCUAUUAUAA